AUGGCAACCGCAGGCAGGGCGCCGGCGUCAAUCGGCAACGAUGGGACUGCCACCAACCCGCGCGGUAUUCCCAACGCCCCUUUCGUGGACAGGGUCGAGGACUAUGUCGCUACCCGGGAGGAAGUCGAGCCCACAUUACGGAGCUUCCAGGAGAUGAUUUCGAAGUAUCAGUUUAUGGAAAUGAAUCUCCAGCGCCGAAUGGCAGGUCUGAAAGACAAGAUACCCGAGAUCCAAAAAACAUUAGAUACAGUCAGGUUCUUGAAGCUCCGCAAAGCCAACGUGAUGCUUUCAUACACUACAGAUGAAGCCGAGACGCUGUUGAGUUCAAAACUAGCCACUGCAAAGACAAGUUUGUCACACUGCGAGGAGGAUUUGGAUUUUUUACGCGAGCAGAUCACCACCAUGGAAGUUGCGACAGCGAGAGUUUAUAAUUGGGAAGUGGUACAAAAGCGUAAAGACAAGUCAGGGGAAGAGGUUACCAAAGGUCAGUCCGGUGAGAAGACAGGCCCUUCUAAGAACUAG